AUGGCUUGCCCGCAUCUCGACUUGAUCGGGCUGACACCCCCUAACCCUUCUCAGUCCGUCUAUCGCGAAGACUGCACCCAAUGUUUUGACUCGAUUGAUGAUCCUGCUGGCCUCAAUGUUUGUCUGCAGUGCUUCAACGGAGGUUGUGCCGGCGACCGAAACCAUGAUAGACUUCACUAUGCGCUAACCCAGCAUCCUCUCGCCCUCAACAUCCGCCGCACUAGAAAAGUCGUCGAACGAGAUGAACCGCCUGCCAAGAUGUCCAAGCUGGCCAUUGCCGCCGAAACAGAAGAGGAUAGAUACGACACAGCACUGGCCGUCAAGUGUCUCGAUUGUAACACCGAGCUCGACCGGACGAAUCCCAAGCUUGCUCCCAUGGUUGACGCUAUCCUCAAGGCCAAUACCUUUUCACGAAAGGAGGAGGUCAAGGCUUGGGAACAGGAGUUGACUAGCUGUGAGCAUAUCCUGAUGCUUCAGCAAGCACCUUCGAAGAAGAUCGAGCAAAAUGACCUGAGCCACUGCUAUGCUUGCGAUUUGGCCGAGAACCUUUGGCUCUGUAUCGAAUGUGGUAACCUAGGGUGCGGUCGUAAGCAGAUGGGUGGCGUUGAUGGAAACUCGCAUGCCCUUGCACACUCAAACGAAUCGGGCCAUGGGGUUGCCGUCAAGCUUGGAUCAAUCACCCCCGAGGGUACCGCAGAUAUCUAUUGCUACAAAUGCGACGAUGAGCGAGUCGACGACAAGCUGGGCGAGCAUUUGAACCACUGGGGCAUCGUGCUUGCCGAGCGCCAAAAGACCGAGAAGAGCUUGACCGAGAUGCAAAUUGAACAGAACCUCAAAUGGGACUUUAGCAUGACUACUGAAGAUGGAAAGAAACUGAAGCCCUUACUCGGACCUGGUCUUAUUGGCCUGAGGAACCUUGGAAACAGUUGCUAUCUCGCCAGUAUCGUUCAAUGUUUGUUCGAUAUGCCUUCUUUCCAAUCAAGAUACUUCCAACCUGGCGCCGACCUUCCUAUUGUUCCUGAACCUGCUGCCGACCUCGAGACUCAGCUGAGAAAAGUAGCUGAUGGGCUUUUAUCAGGACGGUAUUCGGAGAUUGCUAGAGAGGCUGCCACACACCAGAAGGGCCUGGCACCCGCAAUGCUCAAGCACCUUAUCGGACGAGGCCACGAAGAAUUUUCUACGAUGAGACAGCAGGAUGCGCUCGAGUUUCUCCAGCAUUUGUUCAAGCUUAUUACCAGGUCUUCUCAUCCUGAUGGAAAAGACCCUACGGAACCCUUCCGCUUCGUGCUCGAACAAAGACUUCAGUGCCUUGGUUGCCACAAGGUUAAGUACAGCAGCAACGAGCAGGACAACAUUUUCAUCGAUGUUCCCCUGGAAAAGCUUCCUCGCGAGGAAGGUUCGGAUGGCCCAGAUGCUUACAAGCCUGUGUCUCUUACACAGUGCCUUGAUAACUUCACAGCUGCUGAGAAGGUCGAGUUAACAUGCUCUGCUUGCGGAAGCAAGGAUGGCUUUAGCAAGCAAUCUCUAUUCAAGACUUUCCCGGACACACUGGUUGUUAACGCGCGAAAGAUGACUGUUGCCAACUGGGUUCCAAUCAAGGUGGACGUCCCUGUCCUUGUGCCAGACGAGCCUUUCAAUUUGGACGCCUAUCUUUCCAAGGGAUUGCAGCCCGGAGAGGAACAACUGCCCGAUGAGCCGGAGGCCAAGGCACCCGCGUUUGAGCCUGAUGCUACUGCCAUGUCGCAAUUGGAAGCCAUGGGAUUCCCCUACAACCGCUGCGCGCGCGCUCUCCAUGCCACUGGCAACUCUGACGCCAACACCGCCAUGGAAUGGCUGUUUGGACAUAUGGAGGAUCCUGAUAUUGAUGCACCUCUUGAUCUGGGUGCUCAAACCGGAGCGGCUGAUACUGCCGAUCCUGAAAAGAUCGAAACGCUCGGAGCCAUGGGCUUUGGUGCUCCACAAGCCAAGAAGGCGUUGAAGGAGACUGGCGGCGACCUUGAGAGAGCUGUAGAAUGGCUAUUCAGCCACCCUGAUGAUCAAGGGGAUGGUGAUGCUCCCGCCGAGGGGGCUUCUUCUGCAACAAAGGAGCCAGCUGGAAGCGCUGAUCUGCCAGCAACCUUCCAGCUUAGGUCAAUUGUGUGCCACAAAGGCACCAGUAUUCAUGCUGGACACUAUGUUGCCUUCAUCCGCAAGGCUUUAGGAGAUGCCAAUGUCCCGACUUGGGUCCUUUUCAACGAUGAGAAGGUUGUCGAGGCACAUGAUGUUGACGAGAUGCGCAAGUUUGCGUAUGUGUACUUUUUCAAGCGAGUCUAG